AUGGAAAUUGAUCAACAAGAAGAUGCAAGCUGUGAGUAUCAAGAAGAACAAAGUGGUGUAAAUCAAUCAACAGUUAGGUCUUAUGAGUGCAAUUUUUGUAAAAGAGGCUUCACAAAUGCACAAGCUUUAGGAGGCCAUAUGAACAUACAUAGAAAAGAGAAGGCCAAGCUCAAGCAAUCGAUAACGACAUCGUCGUUGUCGUCAUCACCAAACAAGAUGGUUGUAGACACUCCGAAGAUGAUGAGUACUCCAACAAGGUUGCCGUGGGUCGUCAUCUCACCAUCUACUAGAAAAGAGCAUGGACGAAGCAAAGGUGGUUUAGAGGAAACCCUAAUCUCCGAAGAGUUUCAACAACUCCCACUUUUUGUCGAAAAUAAUCCUUCAAACAUGGAUCAAAACUUGGAGAUCCGUCAAGUUCUUCCGAUCGACGUUGAUUGUGAUUCAAAGCUAGGAUCGCCAUCUCGACAUGGUUCGUCCGUUUCCGAGCUCGAUCUUGAGCUUAGAUUAGGACCCGAACCACAAAACUCCACUUCGUCAUCAUCACUCCCUACCGGUAGGACUACACAUUUCUUUUGA